ACGCCGUGCCAAUAUUAAACUCAGAGUUCAAGUCAUUAGGGUGCACACCACUGCAACGAAAGAAGGAUCGUUUAAAAGUUCAGUUAAAGGCCCGAAAAUCAAUCAAUCAGCAGCUGGAAAGUAAGGGAGGUCCAGGUGAAGCCAGCAUAUUCCUAAACAUGGGCGAUUUGAUGGAAUCAUUUUUUAUGGAUCUUAAAUAUGAUGGAUUAUAUCGCUACUGGCCAUUUUUCACGACCAAAUUAGUAAUCGACCAGACCACGAUUCCAUUAGCAGAGGCUUCAAUCACCCAUAUGGUCGCUUUGGAGAAACAUGGACAAUUUGCGGAAAACUUCAAAUAUCGAAGUAACCAAUUCACGCCAUCUGCACGGAUGUCCUUUGUGCGUAAACUUCCUGAUUCUCCAAAAGUAAAAUUGUUACUUCAUUAG